GUCCGCGUUCGCUCUGGGAGUGCGCCGCCUGAUUUGACCGCGCCCGCCGCUUCGCCAUGGCUUCCCACGCAAGGUCGCUCGUCUGGAUGCCUCACGUUCUGCGCAGACUGUACGACCGCAUCUCGAGCAAGGUGGUGAGCCCGACGCGCGCGCCCCCCAGCGACGCGGUGCAGAAGUGCCGCGAGGUGGCGGAGGUGGUGCGCGAGCUGGAGCAGGCGGCGGCGGAGCUGGACGUGGAACCUGCGGAUUUGGAGGAGCUACGCGACAUCCUGGCGCGGCCGCACGUGAGGGUGAGUGGCAGCGGCAGCUUCACUUUUGAAGGCGUUGUAGACAGUGAAGUCAUUCCUCCUAAACACGCUCCUGAAAGUUCACUAGACAGGCAAUCAUGUGGUACCCUAUUUUGUCUAGAAUCUAAUUUGAUUUCUUGUCCUCGUGAAUCGGGCUAUCAUAUAUUGCGAGGAGCGCGGCGCGCACUUCGUCACGGCGCGUGUCAGGUGUCUGAGCCAUCGGCCGCCGCAGUUUGCGCUCCCGACGCGACGGCGCUGCUCGCGCUGCCGCAGGACACACGGUCAUCACUCUGGGCUCGGCGUCCUCAAGCCGAUUUGUCGAGCAGUUGA